CAUGGAGGGCGGCGGAGGCGCCUACGGGGCGGCCAAGGCCGGCGGUGCCUUCGACCUGGUGCGCUUCGUGCAGCAGCCGCAGGUGGUGGCGCGGAUCGUCAGCGCGGUCUUCGCCCUGAUCGUGUUCGCCUGCCUGGUCGGGGACGGCUACAUGAGCCGGCCCGAGGACCCGCAGCUCUUCUGCAUCUUCAACCACAACGAGGACGCCUGUCGCUACGGCAUCGGCAUCGGCGUCCUCGCCUUCCUCGCCUGCAUCUUCUUCUUCAUGGUGGACGUCUAUUUCCCCCAGAUCAGCAACGCUACGGACCGCAAGUACCUGGUCCUGGCCGACCUCGGCUUCUCAGGUCUCUGGACCUUCCUGUGGUUCAUCGGCUUCUGUUUCUUGACCAACCAGUGGUCCUGGACACGGGCCGAGGAUGUGUUCCUUGGAGCAGACUCUGCCCGCGCUGCCAUCACCUUCAGCUUCUUCUCCAUCUUCUCCUGGGCGCUCCUGCUCACCUUCGCUUACAAGAGGUACAAAAUGGGGGUGGAGGACUUUGCUCAAAGCUACGCCGACCCCAGCCCGGGGGUUCCGACUCCGUACUCCAGCUACCCCAACAUCAGCCACGAGAGCUACCAGCAGCCGCCCUUCACGCACACGGCGGAGGCCCCGGAGGGCUACCAGCCUCCCCCGGUGUACUGAGCCCGGCUGGCUCCCGCGGGACGGCUGAACACCUGCACUGGAGCUGCUGGUGCUUGGAUGAUGUGCCUUGGGCUCUGUGGGAGCGGUGAGCACCGAGAUCCUCAGCAGGGCCGUGGCUGAGGACAUCCUGGAGCACUUUCUUUCCCUGCUGUGCCUGCCCGAGCGCUGCUGCGAGCCCGAGCUCCUGCGGCCUG